UUCCAGAGUUUCAGUAUAUUUGUCACUCCUCUCUCUCCUAAUCCGCGACUGAAAUUGAAUUGAUUAGUAAUUACCGCCGCCGCGCCGCCGGCCGGGAUAUUUAUCUUAGGUUUGUCAGUGGUGGGUUCCAAUUUUACUUCCGGCGGAAUUCGAAAAGUCUGAUACUGUGAAUCGGACAUCUCUGAUAACAAUAUGCAGGAUAUUCAUUUGAUUGGCGGCGGAGGUGGGCGAUUCUUCGGCGGCGGCGACAGGAGGCUGCGGCCGAACCAACACCACAACCUGCCGGCGCUUAAAUGCCCCCGUUGCGACUCACUCAACACAAAAUUUUGCUAUUUCAAUAAUUACAAUCUAUCUCAGCCGCGCCACUUCUGCAAGAGCUGCCGCCGGUACUGGACAAAGGGCGGCGUCCUCCGCAACGUCCCCGUCGGCGGCGGAUGCCGAAAGAACAAGCGCUCCAGGACGAAAUCAAGCGUUUCAACGCCGGAUUGCAAGUCUAGUUCUCACUCGAGUAGCGAGAGCUCAGGGCUGACCGGGACGACGACUACGGCGGUCACCGACGUUAACUCCGCCGCCGCUGCCGGCUCCGCGGAAGUCGUAUCGACGAGUACAAAGAAGCCUUCUCCGACGGGUUUUGCAAAUCGGCAGGACUCCGGGUUCUUGAUUCCUCAGAUAUUCGAUCAGCCGGUGAUAUCCCACGCCGGCGACGACCAAAUCUUCCAAGAAAUCGGGAACUUCACAAACAUGAUAGGCGUGUUUGACGACAUUCCACCGGCGCUCGAAUACCCAGAUGCCAAGUGGCUUCCUCAGCAGGUGAAAAUGGUGGGCCAGGCUUUAAAGAUGCCGGAUAUCAUGGCGGCGGAGUUUCUAGAUCAGACGGAUCAGAUCGAUUUUCAGAGCUUGCAACAGCAGAGCAGGGGAAGCGAGGUAGGUCUUCCACCACUGGAUUGGCACGCCGGCGCCGGAGUAGGGGAUCAUGAGCUGUUUGACCUCCCCGGAGCCGUUGACCAAGUAUACUGGAGUCAAACGCAUUGGGGGUAAAAUGAUCAGCUUUACUCCCUUGAUUAAAUUCCUUAAAACAAACAAAAAAAAAAUUCAGAUCCAAAAUAAUUAAGAAUAUGAUGUAUCCAAAUUUGGGUAGAUGACUAGGAUGAGAAAUUUUAUGUUCGCUGGUAUAAUAUGUAUAUUAAAAUUCGAUGUUAUCCUCGUUUUCGUUUUAAUUAAUGAGGUGAGAUUAUAUAAUUUUAUCUAUUAUAUUCCCUUGUUGCUCCAAUGUGUAAAUCCAGUAUUAUCUUCCUAUUUCU